AUGGCUCCAAUCGCUGCAAGGAUUCUCGGUUCCAUGUCGCGAAGUGCGCUUGCGCUCCCUCGCCGCUGGCUCCGCUCCUCCUUCUCCUCCGCCUCCGCAGCGGUGGCGGAAGCGGAGAGCACGGAGAUGAAGGACUACGCCGAUUACCGGCGCUCACUGUACGGACAGAUCACGCACAAGGCUCUCCUCGUUGACGCGGUUGGCACGCUCGUUCUUCCUUCGCAACCCAUGGCUCAGAUAUAUAGGAAGAUUGGUGAAAAGUAUGGAGUUGAGUAUUCGGAGGAUGAAAUACUGUUCAGAUACAGAAGAGCGUAUGGCCAGCCUUGGGGUAAAUCUCGACUCAGAUAUGUUAAUGAUGGCAAGCCCUUCUGGCAAUACAUAGUUAGUUAUUCUACCGGCUGUUCAGAUCCUCAAUACUUUGAAGAACUUUAUAACUAUUAUAUGACAGACAAGGCAUGGCACCUCAAUGAUCCUGGUGCAGAAGAAGUAUUUAGAGUUCUUAGAAAAUCAGGUGUGAAAUUAGCUGUUGUGUCAAAUUUUGACACUAGAUUAAGACCUCUCCUGCGGGCAUUAAAUUGUGACAAUUGGUUUGAUGCGGUAGCAGUGUCAGCCGAGGUUGCGGCCGAGAAACCAAAUCCAACUAUAUUUCUCAAAGCAUGUGAGCUGUUGGAUGUAAAACCUGAGGAUGCUGUUCAUGUUGGGGAUGAUCGCAGAAAUGAUAUAUGGGGUGCCAGGGAUGCAGGCUGUGAUGCUUGGCUUUGGGGAAGCGAUGUUCACUCCUUUAAGGAGGUAUUUAAAAUCUUCAUAUCUCUUUAA